AUGGCUGCUUCAUUGUUUAAAGCUGUCUUGGAACAAUACAAAGGAGGGGGGGACGUGGUCGUAUACUCCGUAUACGGAGAAGAUGAAACCGGCUACAACGGGUUGUUUUUGAGAAAAGUAUUGUUAUCCGACCAAUUCAAUUUCAGAAGGUUGAGGAAGAUGAGCGUUGGAGAUGUCUGCAAAAUAUGGCAAGAGGCAAUGAAAAAUCAUGAAGAUUGGAGGUAUAUUUACACUUCUAUUGGUCUUUUGCUUCUGCUGUAUGAAUAUCUGCAUAAGACAGCCCCAAUUUCAUGCAUCAUUGAGGUUCUUCCUACAACCAGUCCUGAAUGAGAAGGGAUUUUAUGGAUGGAUUUGUAGGAUUGUUAAGAUUUUCACGAGGUGAGAGGCCACCGAGUUCCUUAUUGCAACAACUUUUUUCUUCACUUUUAUUGAUAUAAACAUCUAACAAGGGGCAGACAUGUACCAAAAAAAAAAAACAAGGGGCAGACAUGUAGAAGCAUA